UCACUUUGAGCUCGAACGGAAGAGGAAGUGACGCAGAGCCGUUGCUGGUAGCAGAAGCUAACUGAGCUAACCGACCAUAACAACUCGACCCGUCCCGUUUCUGUGGCGGAACGGACUCGUUGUUUUUUUCACGGGGCAAGGGAGAAGCUUCGCUCCGCCGAGAUGCCAGAGACUGAAAGUUACUCCAACCCUCUGGCCCCCGACGGCCACGAGGUGGACGAUCACAGAGCUGCAGCUCAGUCCAAACUGACCAACGAUGACUUCAGGAAGUUGCUGAUGACGCCGCGGGCGGCGCCCUCCUCAGCUCCGCCCUCCAAGUCCAGACAUCUUGAGAUGCCAAGGGACUACAACGAGGAUGAGGAUCCUGCUGCACGGAGGAGGAAGAAGAAGAGCUACUAUGCUAAGCUACGUCAGCAGGAAAUGGAGCGAGAGAGAGAGCUGGCUGAGAAGUACAGAGACCGAGCGAGAGAGAGACGAGACGGCGUCAACAAAGAUUACGAGGAGACGGAGCUGAUCAGCACCACAGCAAACUACAGAGCUGUAGGACCCACUGCUGAGGCAGACAAGUCGGCAGCAGAGAAACGUCGGCAGUUGAUCCAAGAGUCUAAGUUUUUGGGAGGUGACAUGGAGCAUACUCACUUGGUGAAAGGUCUGGACUUCGCUCUGCUGCAGAAGGUGAGAGCUGAGAUCACCAGUAAAGAGAAAGAAGAAGAAGACAUGAUGGAGAAAGUCCAGAAAGAGGCAAAGAAAGACGUGGAGCCGGAGGAGAAGAUUGAGUUCAAGUCUCGUCUCGGUAGGAACAUCUACCGCGUGGUGUUCCGGACCGGUGUGGUGGAGAGGAACGAGCUCUUCCUGCCCGGCCGGAUGGCGUACGUGGUCGACCUGGACGACGAGUUCACCGACACCGACAUCCCGACAACUCUGAUCCGCAGCAAAGCCGACUGUCCCAGCAUGGAGGCUCAGACGACUCUCACCACCAAUGACAUCGUGAUCUCUAAACUGACUCAGAUCCUGUCGUACCUCAGACAGGGAACGAGACACAAGAAGAUCAAGAAGAAGGACAAAGGUAAGCUGGAGGACAGACGGGCUCCUGAAGCUGACCUGAGCAUCUUUGAAGACAUCGGAGACUACAACCCGUCCACCGCAGCAGCAGCAGCGUCCUCCAAACUGCCCAAAGACAAGGACCGACACCGGGACAGAGAGAGAGAACGUGAGAGGGACAAGGAGGAGGACAUCAAAAGCAGGAGACACACUUACUUUGAGAAACCUCGAGUGGACGAACUCCAGGUCGUGGAUGUGGACGUGGACGUGGACGUGGACGUUGACACAGGUCCUGGAUCGGUCAGAGAACAAAUCAAGAUUAUCAACGAGAAGUUUGCCGGAGCAGCUGACAGCCAAUGGCCGAGUCUGGAGCCUGGUUCUACGAGGAGAGAUGGUAAAGAACAGUUGGGAGAUUUCUUCGGAGGAUCAAACUCAUAUGCUGAGUGUUACCCUGCUACGAUGGACGACCUGGCUGUGGACAGUGAUGAGGAAGUUGACUACAGCAAGAUGGACCAGGGUAACAAGAAGGGGCCGCUGGGCCGCUGGGACUUCGACACUCAGGAGGAAUAUUCCGACUACAUGAACAACAAGGAGGCGCUGCCAAAGGCCGCCUUCCAGUAUGGCAUCAAGAUGUCUGAGGGCAGGAAGACCCGCCGCUUCAAAGAGACCAAUGAGAAGGCGGAGCUGGACCGACAGUGGAAGAAGAUCAGCGCGAUCAUCGAGAAGAGGAAGAAGAUGGAGGCUGAUGGGGUGAACGUGAAGAGGCCCAAAUACUGAAGUCCUGUCUCCUUUCAUUGUUUCCUUCCUUCCUUCCUCGUAUUGAUCAGUGAUCAUGUGAUUUUUAACAAACAGCCUCGUGUUUGAGAGUAAAACUGAUGUAAACAGUCUGAGGUCAAAGGUCACAGACGAUCCAUUAUUUCUGUGGUCCUUCAGACCUUUAGUUUCAGUUACUUGAUCUGUAAAUGUAAAAUCAAUGUCUGAAGUUAUCGAUUAGUUUGAAUCGUCAAUAAAACUAAAAACUCA